AUGUCUGAGGCCGAACAACCUACGAAUACUCCUCGAUCAGUGAUCGCUGAAUCAGCACCAGCAGUAUCUGCCUCAGCAAACCGGCGGGAAAUCCGACUUGCCGAUCCACCUGCCUAUUAUGGCAGUAAUCUACAUGAAUAUAAUAUAUUCAUACGAGCUCUCGAACGUAUAUACAAGUUGAAUCCAACUCAGUAUGAUACCGAUGAGGUCAAGAUCGUUUAUGCUUCGGUUGCUCGAAUUCAAGCCGUUUACAAGGGCCAUACUAGGAGGAGCAACAACAAGCAAGAGUCCUUUUCACAGAAUAGAGAGAAUGACAAUAAGCGUGGAACCAAGCGAUACUCUGAUGGUUCCCCUUCGAAGGCGCAACGAAAUUUAACCUCAGCUGGAAAACUCACCAUAGAAGAACGUCAGCACCAUGGUAGAUUCCGCAUGUAUAUCACUAUCCAACUAGACACCCCUAGUGGUCCUGAGCCGAUUCGAUGCCUAGUCGAUUCUGGAGCAGAUUUCAACUAUAUCUCUCACACUUACGCCACUUCAAAAGGAUGGAAACGGAUUGGACCACCAUCUCAAGUGCAAUAUCCUGACGGACGACGAGGAUACCGAUAUGGCAUCGUUAAUGCUACUCAAAGAGCCACCGAUGGGCUAGGUGAAACUCGAGAGAGCAAACUUAGUUUCCAUUCAGUUAACCUAGCAGAUGAGGAUCUUUAUCUAGGUCUUCCUUGGUUAAGAACAGUUAAUCCUUUGAUCGAUUGGAAAGCACUAUCAUGGCGACAUCGAAUCGGAGAUACUAGGAUUGAAAUAGCAGAACCAGAAGAAUUUAUUCGUUCUAUGCAAGAAACAUCUACAACACCACUCUACUUUUGGGACGGCAACACCGAAUCUUCUUCGGAACGACUAUGUUCUAUUAACGAGACUACCUUACCUCAAAAUCUACAAGAUCUUUUAACUGAAUUUAAGGACAUCUUUUCUGCUGAAGCAGCAGCCAAGUUGGAUGAGAACCCCAUCAUAUCACAUCAUAUUCGAUUACAAGAUGGAAAGGAACCCCCUUACGGACCUCUAUACAAUCUUUCGAUAGCAGAACUAGAUGCCCUACGCAAAUAUCUAGAAGAGAUGCUGUCACGGCAGUGGGUUCGUCCUACAAAGAGCCCUGCUGCUGCACCUAUCGUAUUCGCAAAGAAAAAGGAUGGAACUCUACGCCUUUGCGUAGAUUAUCGAGGCCUUAACAAGAUCACUAUAAAGGAUCGAUAUCCAAUUCCUCGCAUUGAAGAAAUGUUAGAUCGAUUACAGAACGCCGUCAUCUUCUCUAAGAUAGACCUCCGAGAUGCCUACUAUCGCAUACGGAUAGCAGAAGGGGAUGAAUGGAAGACUGCAUUUCGAACCCGAUACGGCAGUUAUGAGUUCCGUGUUAUGCCUAUGGGGCUCUGUAAUGCCCCUGCUACAUUCCAAUCUUAUAUCAAUGAGGUGUUAAAAGGCCUUGUUGAUAUCUGCUGUAUUGUUUAUCUCGAUGACAUCCUUAUCUAUUCCCAAAAUACCGAAGAUCAUACGAAACACCUCCGAUUAAUUUUCGAACGUUUACGGAAAUAUCGACUUUAUGCUAAGGAAAGCAAAUGCACCUUUUUCACCACUGAGGUUGAGUUCCUUGGCUAUAUUGUAUCACCUACCGCAAGAAAAGCUUUUGUAAACCUGAAAGAAACAUUUGCACAAGCUGUUCUACUGGUCCAUUAUGACCCGCGGAAGGAAACCCAAGUCGAAACGGAUGCAAGCAAGGAUGGUAUUGCUGGCAUUCUAUCUCAACGCCUUGAAUCACCACCAGAAACUUACCAGGAAGCUAUGAAAAUAGCAUCUGAACGAAGCCAAAACAUCUGUAAUUCGGUGCCUACUCGAAGAAAAGAGUGGAGGCCCAUCGCAUUUUUCUCACAGAAGCUUUCUGGAGCUUCUAGGAACUAUGACACCCAUGAUUUGGAACUUCUGGCUAUAGUGGCAUCAUUUCGCCACUGGCGGCACUAUCUGCAAGGCAAUCCGUACCCAAUUCAGGUCAUAACCGACCAUGAUAAUCUGAAAUACUUUCUUUGUAACAAAAGCUUGAACAACCGCCAGGCGCAUUGGGCGGAAGAGCUAUCUGCUUAUGAUUUCUAUGUGGUCUAUCGACCAGGACGGCUAAACCCCGCCGAUCCACCUUCAAGACGUCCAGACUAUAUCAUUUCCCCUGGGGAUGAGAGGGACGCCUUUACUGUAGCCCGAAGCCAAGAAGUUGAGAAUAGCGCGGAGCCUGGGAUUCUUAGAGAAGCCUCCGAUACAUCCGGAGAUCCUUCGAUCAUCUGGCGAGUAGAUGAAGAUCGUGGACUUCUACAUCGCAAUCAUGCUAUCUACGUUCCCCCUAGCAAAGCAAUCACCCAGGAGUUGUUGCGAAUUCAUCAUGAUGACCCCUGGGCAGGCCACUUUGGUAUUGCCAGAACCUUAGAGCUUCUACGUCGCAAGUAUUACUGGAAUACGCUCCGAAAAGACGUCGAAACGUACGUCAGAGAGUGUGAUAUCUGCCAGCAUGUUAAAGCUAAGAGGCAUAAGCCAUACGGGCAACUUGCCAAAAUUCCUGUGCCUACUAGGCCGUUCAGUUCUCUUGCCAUGGAUUUCAUUGUCGGAUUACCACCAGUAGUUCGAAAGGGAAUCACUUAUGAUAGUAUUUUGGUCAUACUAGACCGCUAUACUAAGCUAGCUAAGUACUUUCCUUGCAUGACUUCAAUUACUGCUCCUGAUUUUGCAGAGUUGUUCAUAGAUACUAUUUUAAGCGAUUACGGUUCGCCUUCGUCUAUCAUAUCUGAUAGAGACAAGUUGUUUACCAGUCACUACUGGUCAACAUUCUGUUAUUAUUUACGAGUUAAGCGCAAUCUGAGUACGGCAUUCCACCCUCAAACCGAUGGGCAAACGGAACGCCAGAACCAAACCUUAGAGAACUACUUACGAGCAUACUCGAACUACCACCAGGAUAACUGGGUGGAUCUGCUUCCGCAGGCACAAUUUGCCUACAAUUCUGUUUCCCAGGCAUCUAUUGGCAUGCCACCGUUCCGAGCACUACUAGGUUACGAUCCUGUUCCACCGAGAGGGGUGAUUGAUAAAGAAUCUGAAUCUGCAACUUCUGUUGAUCUAGAACCCUUAGCUACAGCAAGGGUUGAGAAAUUACAAGAAAUACAGAGCAAGCUUCAAGUUACUGUCCGAAAGUCUUUCGAAAAGCAAGCGGAAUACUAUAACAGAAGGCAUCAGGAUAAAACCUUUGCCAUUGGAGAUCCAGUUCUCCUAUCUUCCCUGAAUAUAGCAACUUCUAGACCAUGCCGCAAGCUUGAAGAUAAAUGGUUUGGACCGUUUACAAUUCUGAACACCAUCGGAUCGCAAGCAUAUCGAUUAGAUCUUCCGAGAACCUUUGGAUCUAUGCACCCUGUCUUCCAUGUUACCCUGUUAGAACCUUAUUACCAGCGACCGGGUGAAGAACCUAAGAAACCUCCUGGUAUCCUACUCGAAGGCAGAACGGAGUAUUUUGUUGAAGCUAUUUUGGAUAAACGAUUGCACCGCAAUAAGGAGCAAUAUCUUGUUAAGUGGGAAGGAUAUCCUAAUACUGAGAACACCUGGGAACCUCCUGAGAAUCUUUUGAACUCCCGCAAUCUUCUCGAAGAAUAUGAGAAGGUAAAUCGAAAUCGACCCCUUGUUAAGAAGAAACGUUCUAGAAUACGACAUUAG